AUGGUUACAUCGUCAAAACCGACAACCAUUACUGAAGCCAUUGAUCUCAGCGUGACGCUUACAGAAGAAGCCAUUCGGUUGAACAAGUUUUCAAUUUCUGAACCAAAGAAAAAGGAGACACAUGUCGAAUCCUCGGGAGAAAACAAGAGAAAGUUCUCGAACUUUAAGAAAAGUACCGGCAGUGCCAGUAAGAGAAGAGAUACAAACUCGCCAGCUGAAGUAAAGACUGGCAGUAAACAAAAAGGGAAAGGAUAUAUGGGGUCUCUGCCCAAAUGUGAUACAUGCAAGUACCACCAUCUCGGCCAGUGCAGAUUGAGGAGAUGUGAGGCUUGUGGGAAGGAGGGCCAUUCGAAGAAUACAUGCUGGGUUGGUAGUGGUGCUGGCCGUGGUGGCCAAAGGGGUUUUGGUAACAACAACCGUGGGGGUAAUGGAAAUGGAAACCGCCCACAAGGAGGGAACGGCGGAAAUGGCAAUCGAGGAAAUUUUGGAAAUCAAGCUGGAGGUGGGAAUCGCAACCAGGGCAAUUCGCAAGGCGGCACGGGUAAUGGGAAUGGUCGAGGACCAGGAUGUUUUAACUGCGGAGACGUCGGGCACUUAAAGCAGGAAUGCCCGAAAGUCAAUUAA